UUCCCCUCUCCAAAACCUCCUUGCUCUCUUUACACCUACGCCAACCAAACCAAACCAGAGAAGCAAGAACAAAUGGGAAAUUGCUUACGGCGAGAAUCCUCCAUGCAAUGGGGCGGUGACGACUGGGGAUCACCGCUGCCGGAUGACCGGUUCUUCUCUAGCAAUACAAGGCAAGAAGAGGAGAAAGGGCUUCUUCUAGGAGAAGACAAAGGUUCGACAAUAUCUUCAGCUACUGUUACAAGUACAGAAGUAAAGAUCAAGAUCACAAAGAAACAGCUGGAGGAGUUGCUUGGUAGGGUUGACAUGAAAGAAUUAUCUAUUGAACAAGUUCUAGCCCAGUUGAUGAAGGUCGGCGACCCGUCAUUUGAGACGCAUCAACGCUCAUGGAGGCCUAAUCUACAAAGUAUUCCCGAGUGAUGACCCAUUACAUAGCGUUUCUGUGCUCCAAACUUUUCUAGCGAGAUCUAUUAGCUUAAUUAAUGUACUAUAUUAGGCUCCCUGUCUUGUGUUACGAGAUCAGAGGAGGGUCAUGGUUCGAAUUCACGGUCGACCUUCUGUAACAUAUAGUUUUGUUCGGUAUUAGAUCAAGAGAAAUGGAGCUGGAAAGCCUCUCUUUAGGACUUGUUCAUUGUGUAUAUACAUAGGAAAACCAAUUCUUGAUUUAGAGUUCAAGAACCCUUUUUCUUUUUUUUUCCCUUAAAUGCAAUUUUGGAUUGAUAUGCA